CAGGAGUGCGCGCCUUGUUCCAGCUUCCAGGCGAAGACGAUAGUGGAGUGCGGCCCCACGGGCUUCAUUGAGAAGAUAAACUGUGCCACCUCCAAGAAGGACGAGUACAAGAGCUGUCGCUCCGCAGUGAUGGAGGCACACGUUUUCUGGAGGUUUGUGGGCACCAUGAUGUGCGUGGCCGCCGUCUUCGCGGUUCUGGUGGUGUGUCGCCAGCGUGUGCUGGACAGGAAGGCCCUGGAGAAGGUCCGCAAGCAGAUCGAGUCCAUUUAA